CGCGGAGCCGCUUCCGGUUGGGCGGUGCUUGCGCGGUAGAGCUGAGCCGGUGGGUGAGCGGUGGCUGCGGCAUCCCGGGCUGUGGGCGCUAGGACUAGAGAUCUGAUUAUCAUGGACCUGCGGCAUUUUCUUAUGUGCCUGUCCCUGUGCACAGCCUUUGCCUUGAGCAAGCCCACGGAAAAGAAGGACCGCGUACACCAUGAGCCUCAGCUCAGUGACAAGGUUCACAAUGAUGCUCAGAGUUUUGAUUAUGACCAUGAUGCCUUCUUGGGUGCUGAAGAAGCAAAAACCUUUGACCAGCUGACACCAGAAGAGAGCAAGGAAAGACUUGGAAUGAUUGUAGAUAAAAUAGACGCGGAUAAAGAUGGGUUUGUGACGGAGGGGGAGCUGAAAUCCUGGAUUAAGCACGCCCAGAAGAAAUACAUAUAUGACAAUGUUGAAAACCAGUGGCAGGAGUUUGAUAUGAAUCAAGACGGCUUAAUCUCCUGGGAUGAGUACAGAAACGUGACUUAUGGCACUUACCUGGAUGAUCCAGAUCCUGAUGAUGGAUUUAACUAUAAACAGAUGAUGGUUAGAGAUGAGCGGAGGUUUAAAAUGGCAGACAAGGAUGGAGACCUCAUUGCCACAAAGGAGGAAUUCACAGCUUUCCUGCACCCUGAGGAGUAUGAUUACAUGAAAGAUAUAGUAGUACAGGAAACAAUGGAGGAUAUAGAUAAGAAUGCUGAUGGUUUCAUUGAUCUAGAAGAGUAUAUUGGUGACAUGUACAGCCACGAUGGAAAUGCUGAUGAACCAGAAUGGGUAAAGACCGAGAGAGAACAAUUUGUUGAGUUUCGAGAUAAGAACCGUGAUGGGAAGAUGGAUAAGGAAGAGACCAAAGACUGGAUUCUCCCCUCGGAUUAUGAUCAUGCAGAGGCAGAAGCCAGGCACCUUGUCUACGAAUCAGACCAAAAUAAGGAUGGCAAGCUUACCAAGGAGGAGAUCGUUGACAAGUAUGAUUUAUUUGUGGGCAGCCAGGCCACAGAUUUUGGUGAGGCCUUAGUACGACAUGAUGAGUUCUGAGCUGCAGACAGAGGAACCCACGUUUCUUCAAAAGUAAUUUAUUUUUACAGCUUCUGGUUUCACAAGAAAUUGUUUGCGCUACUGAGACUGUUAUUACAAACUUUUUAAGACAUGGAAAGCUGUACCGAAAAUGAUCCCGUCCCCAUUCCUCCUCCUCUCUGAGGGACUGGAGGGAAACCGUGCUUCUGAGGAACAACUCUAAUUAGUACACUUGCGUUUGUAGAUUUACACUUUGUAUUAUGUAUAACAUGUGUGUUUAUUUUUGUAUUUGGUUUCUGGUUGGGAGUAUAUGAAGGAUCAAGAUCCUCGGCUCACUUUGUAGGCAAAUGUAAGCCCUUCACUCUGUCUCAACCCUUAACAUGUAAUUUUUAUAAUUCUGAAUUAAUUAAUUUGAAGCCUGAGAUCAAUAAAAAAUGUUCAGGAGAGAGAGAAGGGAAGAAAUAGUCCCCACAAUUUACAGUUGGAAAGAUAACACUUAAGCUCGCCUGUUGAAAAGUCUAUUUCAAAGGUAAUAGGGGCCGCAUAUUCUAUUUAGUUGCUCCGGGUCCAGGUCCGGGCACUGUCUGGGCAAGGACAGAUCCCUGUGCUGUGAGAAAGCUUGGCUCAAUUUAAUGUCGUUCGUUCUUCUUCUUCUUCCCUUUAGGACUAGCUGUUUGCUAAUUUUGUCGGGCACAGCUGUGGUGGGAAGAGUUGAGGCCAGUGUCUUGAAAAUCAAUCAAGUAGUGAGUGUGAUCUCUUCACAGAGUUAUACAUAGAAACAGCUAGAAAACUGAAGGAAAAGUACAAGCGUUUUCAGGGCACAUGCUUUUUUCUGGGUGUGCAUCUGCUGAAGUGCUCAAGACUGUCUUGCCUGUUGAAUCACUGUAAGUGCCCUGGUCAGCUCCUGUUUGCCUGGGUGUUCCGAGAACUGCGUCUUGCUCUCACUACAGUUAAAAUGUACUCCUUUCCAAUCAUGUCAUUGAAAGUGCCUUUAAGGAGAGAAAUGAUCAUGGAAUGAGGAUUCUUUUAAGAAACCCCAAGAUAAAAUAAAGAGAUUAUUUGGACCACCUUAAGUGAAAGCUUAGACCCUCCUAGUGUCGUGGGGAUUUUUUUCUUCCCUUUUUCUUUUGGAUGGUGGUUAAAUAGCAGUAUUAAUUAGGGGCUUGGUUGCAGUGUUCUUAUCUUGUGGGCUGGUUUCCAAAAACCACAUGCUGCUGAAUUUACCAGGGAUCCUCAUACCUCAGAAUGCUAACCACUUACUACUAGGCCUGUUUCUGUGUCAGCUGGAGAACUUGAGCUAAGACGCGAAGAUGAGAGGGUUCUUGGGUUUGAGGACCAUCGCUCACCCUUCCUGCCUUUGACCCAUCACUCCCUAUGUCCCCAUCUCCUCUUCUCCUUGCUGCCAAAAAAAAGAAAGUUUAUCAUGGAUCAGCAUAGCCAAUGCUUAUCAAAGAGGAACAUUGUAGAAAGAGCUGAAGACAUCACCCUCUGUUCCCACCUCACUUUACCUGUACUUUGCGUAACAGGACACUCUUUUUGGUCCCUUUCAUACCGAUGGACUUCUUUUGAGAAGAAUUAUUAUACUCUAAGUUUUUAGCCCUCAGGUUACUAAGAUGAAUAUAUAUGUAUAUCUAACCUUUAUUACUGCAUAUAUCUUUCUGGAUAAUACAUUCAGGUGGUGCUGGGCGAUUAUUAUAAUCUGAACCUAGGCGUAUCCUUUGGUCUUCCUCCAUCAUGUUGAGGUGGGUUACUUGGCCUGGUAAAAAGCCGGAUAUCAUGUAACCUCAUCCUGGCCUUUGCAUUGAACUCUGGAGAGUGGAUUCACUCCUUUAACCCCAAAGUGAGGGAACGGAAAUUCUCUGCAUUCCAGAUUCUCCAUCUUUAUUGUUCAGAAGACCAGGGGUAAUUAAUAGUGCCACCAGCCCUGGCUUGGAGAGGGCACGUUACGAAUUGUGUGGCAGGAGAGCCUCGCAGGUCACUAGGUGCAGAGAACCCGGGCCUUGAUUGCUAAAGUCACGCACUUAGAGAGCAAGCCUUCGUCCGCCAAGGCAGCAACUUCUGGAUGCUGGGCGCUCGUCAGGAAGCAUUGUACUCUAAUCUCUAAUGAUCCCCCUGGGGUUUUUUGUUUUUUGGUUUUUUUUGUUUGUUCGUUUGUUUAAAUCAAGCCUGAAGCUGGUGAACAGUAGCUGCACACCUAGAUUGUGUGUUCUGUGAAUGCUAGCUCUCUUGAAUUUGGAUACUGGUUAUUUUUUAUAGAGUGUAAACCCAGUUUUAUAUUCUAUAAUGCAAACAGGUACCUAUCUGUUUCUAAAUAAAACUGUUUACAUUCA